UAAGGGGCAGCGGCGCCGGGCUGCUCGUCAGACGGCUACGGCGAUGGGAGGGGAGGGUUGUGGUGUUCGACAGGUGGUAGUGGUGGGAGGCGUAGCGGCACUGCGCGGCCUGAGCGUCUCGCCAUGACCCGUGGGAACCAGCAUGAUCUUGCUCGCCAAAAGAACCUGAAAAAAACUCAGGAGAUCCACAUAGGCAAAAGGAAAGAAGAUAGCUUGUCUGCUUCUCAGAGGAAACAGAGGGACUCUGAAAUCAUGCAGCAAAAGCAAAAAGCAGCUAAUGAAAGGAAGUCUCUGCAGGCAGGAGCAAAAUGAGCUGCUGCUAUGGAGAAGAUAAAGAGUGCACCAAUGAAGCAGAAGGACCUAGAAGAUCAUUCAUAAAAGUGUCUGGCCAUUAAAUGAUUAAACAUUUAUUGUGCAGAGUUGUUUAACUAGCAUUAGUUAGAGUAUUUUCUGGUUAGUAUAGGCCUAGUUAUCUACAGUGCUCUUUCAAAACUGACUACACUCUUCUGCAUGUCUAUGAAUAAAAGUACCUAUUCUAGCUAGAUAAAGGUACUAGAUAAGGUACUAGAAUAGUACCUUAUUCUAGCUUUUGCUGCAUUUGUUAGUUUUACUUAAUGGUUCCAGUAACAGAAUUUCUGAAUCUACAGUUAGACCAGAUUUGGUUGCCUGAAUUCUUAAAAGUACAGCUCCAUUCAGAAUGGAACACACUUGUAAAAUGUGCUUCACCUUGCGGAGGUCUGAACUGUAAAUCUCAAACUAUUUUUACAAUAAAAUAUUGCAUGAAAUACUG